UCGAUCACAGUGAGAAAUAUCCUCCUUCACACGUCGCCCGUUUGACUCAUUUCGGAGCAAGUACCCGCAAAAGGUAGAAAUCGUGUGCGCAUCUUAUUUCCCUCGAUUUUUCGUGCGUUUAUCUUCAAUACGUCCGUGACAUCUAACAGGAUACAUCUCUUACUUCUAUCAGGAAUAUCGUCCCUGACUUCCACCAGGAAUACGUUCCUGACUUUUACCAGGAAUACAUCUCCGACACCUGUCAGGGAUAAUUCCCACUUACUUCUGUUAGGGAUAUUAUUCAUAUGGCUCUCUUCUCGCUAAACGACUCUUUGCUGAACCAGACAGCAUUCACAAAUGACACUUCUAAUGUGUCUGCUCGGCCUCCCUGGUACUGGGCCAUACGUGUUUUAUUGUCUAUAGUAUCUAUCCUUAGCAAUGCUCUUAUUAUCUUUAUCAUCACAUCGCGUCAGCAAAUGCGUCUCCAGCCCUCGCCUAACUGGUUCUUCCUAUCCCUUGCCAUCGCCGACUUUGGGGUUGGCCUGUUCACCACACCGUUCCACAUGUUGUGCAUCUUCAAGUCAGGUGGAUGCUCUCAUUUCACAUGGGACGUGGUUUUGUUCAUAACCGAAGUCUUCCUCACUUCCUCGUUAACCAACCUUUGCUUGCUCACUCUGGACUGCUACUUGGCCGUGGUCCACCCUUACACCCACCCUACCCUCACAAGACCGUUGGCAUGCGCGUUAGCCAUCACUGCCGCUUGGUUCAUGGCAUUUGUGAUCGAGCUGCCGUACCGUGUUCUAAGGGAGGGUACCCAGGGGAUGAAAGUCUACCUCGUGGUGUACACCAUUGUAGUGACAGUCCUGCCUAACAUAUGUAUGCUCCUUGCCUACAUUCGCAUUGUCAUCGUCGUCCGCAAGCACAGGAGAAGGAUCAGGCAACAAGAAGACCAGGUUGCGUCUAAUCAAAGCCCCGGAAGUCAUAAUGUGCAGGAAGGCGUUACUCGCAGCAGAAGCAAGCAGCGAGGGCUGGCGGCAGUUGGCGUGGUGGUGGGCUUCUUCCUGGUCUAUAGCGGCGUCUACCAGUACCACUUAACAUGUAUGCUUCUAAGUUCGAGUUGUUCCCUCCCCAACACAGCGCCUUUCAAGAUUACCAUGGUUCUUUUAAGGUACUUUAACUCGGCGCCAAAUUGUAUUAUCUACAUUCUGCUGAAGGCGGAAUUCAAGCGGGAAGUAUGGAGGAUGUUUCGCUGCUUUUCGUGCAGUAGAGCGGACGUACAAGGAAUAGAGAUGAGUGCACAAACCACAAAUUAGCCGUAAAUCAGCGGUAUGUAGAGUGCAACCUAAGCGAAUUGGAUAUGAGAAAACACAGGAGUUGAUUUUUCCCCUCCUUUUGACCUUAGGCUUCAAAAGUUCUCAAUAGCAAAAUUCUUCCUAUUUAGAUGGUGGUGGUUGGCGGGGGGUCCUGCCUCUGUAAGUUCAAUUUGGUUGUAAUCGAUCAGUUCGGAAAUUAUGCUAUUUAUCAGAAUGUUUCCUAUCCUACCCAUAAUCAGAAUAAACUAUCAGGUUUCCUUCUCUUCCCU